UUAUCCUUUUCUGGAAAAAAUAAUUUUGUUUUAUAAAAUUUUCAAUUUAUUUUUAAGCUCAUUUAAAACAAUCUACGGAGAAUUAAAUAUGCAGAUUUUUGUAAAGACUCUCACCGGAAAAACUAUUACUCUUGAGGUUGAGGCUUCUGAUACUAUUGAGAAUGUUAAGGCCAAAAUUCAAGAUAAAGAGGGUAUCCCGCCUGAUCAACAGCGUUUGAUUUUUGCCGGUAAGCAACUUGAGGAUGGACGAACCUUAGCUGAUUACAACAUCCAAAAGGAAUCUACACUUCACUUAGUUUUACGUCUUCGUGGUGGAAAGGUUCACGGUUCAUUGGCUCGUGCUGGAAAGGUUCGUGCUCAAACUCCAAAGGUCGAAAAGCAGGAACAUAAGAAAAAGAAGCGUGGCCGUGCUUUCCGUCGUAUUCAAUAUAACCGUCGCUUCACCAAUGUUGCUACUUCCGGGGCAGGACGCCGUCGUGGCCCUAACUCCAACGCUGCCUAA